CAGAGUCACAUGUCAGUGUGUCAUGUGAUUACUCAAUUUUGACUUAAAAACAGCCUCAAACAGCUCUGUCAUUUACACCUGGGAGUUUUAAAUCUGCGAAAGAGCAACAUAUAUGUAAGAAUUUGGCCGUACUGCACCAAACACAGGAGGCUGAAGUGGAGUAUGAAUUACUGACCCGGUGUGAAUAACAACUGAGUUCCUUCUGUCUGUCGUCAUCUCAAGUCGUUUGCUCACAAUGACCUUGCAGAUGGUGAUACUGUGUAUGGCUCUGCUGGGCCUGAACACAGCACUGGUUUGUCCUGAUGGAGGCAUGUGUGAGGAGAAAAACACCUGCUGCAAGAACAGUGUGGGUGGAUAUGGAUGCUGUCCACUACCAAAGGCUGAGUGUUGUUCAGACCACCUCCACUGCUGCUAUGAGGGGACUAUCUGUGAUCUGGUCCAUUCAAAAUGUGUAAAUAAGACAGUUUCGCUGUCCUGGAUGGAGCGCCUUCCUACCAAGCAGCUCAGGGAGACAGUAAAGGCAGUCAUUUGUCCCGACAAGGAGUCUGAGUGUCCGGAUGACACCACUUGCUGCCAACUCCCUGACAGCUCAUGGGGCUGCUGUCCAUUAGCUAAGGCGGUGUGCUGUGAGGACAAACGCCACUGUUGCCCCGAGGGAACAAAGUGUGAUCUUACCCACUCAAAGUGUGUGUCCGCUGCAUUGGAGUCUUUUCCCAUGUUGGAAAAACUUCCUGCCAGAAGGAAGGAGAAGAAUCCAGUGAGUUCUACCGUGGGCUCAGUAACCUGUCCUAGUGGGAAGAGCAGUUGCCCAGACAGUUACACCUGUUGCUUACUCGCCAGUGGAGACUAUGGCUGCUGCCCCUACCCAGAUGCCAUGUGCUGUAGCGAUCAUCUCCACUGUUGCCCAAGCAACACAAUCUGUGACCUCAAACAGGGGGUCUGUAAGUCUGGUGAGAUUGAGCUGCCACUGUUAAUGAAGAUACCUGCAGUCCCCAAUGACAUUCAGUGUCCAGACAAAACGUCAUUCUGUCCUGAUCAGACUACAUGCUGCCAGAUGAGCAAUGGCACCUAUGGCUGCUGUCCCAUGCCUGAGGCGGUUUGUUGUUCAGACCACAUCCACUGCUGUCCGGCAGGCACAAAGUGUGACUUGUCCCACACCAUGUGCGAUUCGGUCCAGGGAGACACAGCCGUGGCUAUUAAACUCCCUGCUGCCGUGACAGAGCUCGUGGCAAUACAGAGCAAAGUCCACGCUGUUCCCUGCAAUGCCUCUGUAGCCUGCGCUGAUGGAAACACCUGCUGUAAAUCCCCAGGAAGGGAAUGGGCCUGUUGUCCCCUUCCUCAGGCUGUGUGUUGUGAAGACCACCUGCACUGCUGUCCACAUGGUACUGUUUGUAAUCUGGCCGCCUCCACGUGUGACGAUCCAGUUGGGAAUGUUGUGAUGCCCUGGUUUGUCAAAGCUCCCGCCUUUGCCUCAGUCACCGAUAACAGCAAAUGUGACAAAUCUACAUCAUGCCCUGGAAAAUCUACCUGCUGCAAGACCACUACUGGAGACUGGGCCUGCUGUCCUUUGCCAGAGGCUGUUUGCUGUGACGACCACGUCCACUGCUGCCCCCACGGCACCGUUUGUGACCUUAAGGCUGAGACAUGUAACGACCCAUUUGGUUUCUUGGCGUCCGUCCCCUGGGCAGAGAAAGUGACUGCUCUCACCACAGGAGUGCAGGAUGAAAAAUGUGACAAGCAAACCAGGUGUCCAGGGGGCACCACAUGCUGCAAAAAAGAGUCUGGACAGUGGGCGUGCUGCCCCUUACCUCAGGCUGUUUGCUGUAAUGAUCACGAGCACUGCUGCCCCAAAGGCUAUAAGUGUAAUGUGGCUGAGCAGACUUGUGACAAGCCUGGAGACGUCAGCCUGCCCUGGCUGCAAAAGAUCGCAGCCCUGCAGAAGUCGCCCACCCGGGCUGUGUCCAGUCUGUCUCGACCGGACAGGAACAUGUGCGACGCCCACACCAGCUGCCCCAGGGACACAACCUGCUGCUUCAUGAGCCAGACUCACAAAUGGGGCUGCUGUCCCCUGCCCGAGGCGAUCUGUUGUGACGAUGGUAAGCACUGCUGCCCCCGAGGCCACACCUGCGAACCCCACCGAUCCUCCUGCUCCAAGGGUCCACAUGCUAUUCCCUGGUACACCAAACUGAGCCCCCUGACGGAGAAGGGCGUCGUAACAGAUGUGAAGUGUGACAACAAGAGCAGCUGCGCUUCAGGAACAACCUGCUGUAAACUGCCGACGGGAGACUGGGGCUGCUGUCCUCUAGUUAAGGCUGUGUGCUGCGAAGACCAUGAACACUGCUGCCCACAAGGCUACACCUGCAACAUGCAAACUGGAACAUGUGAGAAGAAGAUCCACGACGUGUUAAUCUCCACUAUUCCACUGCACGACAUGGUAGUAUCCAAACCAAGAGACACUGAGGCCGACGUGGAUGUACCAUGUGACGCCACAGGGGAGUUUCGCUGCCCUAAGCAAAACACAUGCUGUAAGACUUCAUCCACAGAGUGGGCCUGCUGCCCCUCUCCCAGAGCCGUUUGCUGCCCUGACUCGAAGCACUGCUGUCCAACAGGAUACUCAUGUGACCUGACAGCUGGAGGGUGCACCCAGGAGACCCAGUUAACCUGGGACUCUUUGAUUCGGGACAGAAGGAGAGACUUUAUCCCCCACGGACUUUAAAGUACACUCACUGAAACACACCGAUCUUUGGCCCUCGCUCCGUUACAUCCAUGUAUUCAGAGGAAGGUGCAGACGAAACCUACUUUUAUCACUCAUGGAAGGUCUUUAUGUACCAAGUUUUUUGCACUCCUGAGCAUUAUUGGUGUUGACAAUUUGGCUUUGGUGUAGUUGACAUGAAGUUUCUUGGCCGCUGGAAUUUUUUGCAAGUGAUCAAACAAAAAAAAAAAAAAACAUGCAAAACGUCACAUAAGUUGAAGGCUAGUGUCCAUUACCCUUGCUUCACUAAAACUA